UUGAACAGAAAAUGGAAUUCGAAAACAUAACCGAAGUAACUAUAUUAAUGGAAGAAACAAACACAACAAAGCUAUUACAAUGGGAAAUAUCAUAUGAAGCACAGAUUAUAAGCGCAGUUUACCUUUCCACAGGGAUGUUUAUUGGUUUGAUUACGAAUACCCUUCUGAUUCUUGUGAUUUGCCUUUCACCAACAUUAAGAACUCCACCUAAUUACCACUUGGUAAAUAUUAGCUUUAAUAACUUACUGCUGAGUAUCUGUAUGAUAUUUUCCACACUUUCAGUAUUUGGAGUACAAGAUCAUGAUGAUAAUUUUUUUGUUGCGAUUCAACUUUUCAUUACUCAGCAUUGUACCACACAAUACUUUGCAACAUUUGCUUCUAUAGGAAUUUAUAGAAAUAUAACACUAAACAAACCAACUUUAUCUUUGCGCAUACGAAAAAGAAUAGUGCGUAGGUCUAUUUCAAUAAGUUGGUUUCUGACGUGUUUAUUAAGUUUAAUUUUUACGAUUACUUUCAUGGAUAAAGAUUCAUUAUUGUGUAUCACACUGACGCCUUUUCAGAAAUCAUUUGUCAUAUGCCAAGAAACGGAUUAUCUUCCAGAGCCAGGAAAAAUUUGCAUGGCUGUGAUCAUCUGCUUCUUUUAUGUGGUUGCUUUAAUUUCAACGUUAUCAUCUUAUUACACUAUAUCCAAAGAACUUAAUAUCAUUAAACCAAAGACAUCAAAUAAAAUUUUACCCAUAUCUAGGGCAAUGAGUUUAUCAUCAGAAGACACCUGUGACCCCCAAAACCAUUAUCAGAUAGAGCCAAACAUACCAAGUCAAAAUGGUUCUAUCCAGGUAUAUACUAUCCAAUGCGCUGACAGUGAGGAAACUGUUGUACAUUACCAGAAAAAUGAAAAUAUGGUGACAUUUGAAGAGGUAUUCGCUUUACAAAACCCAAUUCUAGCACAAUCGAUGGCAAACUCAAAGCGACCCCUACAGGCCACGCUUAGCAACGCUUCAACACAAUCGAGGACUUCUAGAAUUGAUUUUACAGAUAUAUCACCAAACGCUGACCUACAGAGAUUUCAAAUGAUGAAAAACAAUUCAGCUCUGAGAAAUCAAACGCUAAGGCGAGACAGAAUAAGUGUCCGAAGUGCCACAAAAAAUAGCUUUAUCAUGUUUACAGGAUACUUAUUGAGUUCACUGCCUUUAAUAAUAUGUAGUGUGCCUUAUGCUACCGCCAGAUCGGAAUCUAUAGAGACAAGAGUUUAUAUAUUUUUAUUUUUAAAGUUUUUAUUUUAUGCAAAUGCAUUUGUUUCAUCAACAUGGUAUUUAUUUUUUAGCAAAAGAGUGCGUAAAUGUUUGUUCAAAUUAUUAGAGGGAAGUUUUCCAUGUAUAUUUGGCAGACGUUAGCUUAAUAUGUGAAGAAAGAAGCAAAACAAAUAUCAAAACACUGAAAUUGAAUCAUAAAAGGGGUCGUAUAGUUUAAACAACAAUCAAAUAGAAGUGUGUAGAAACAUGAAUUAUUCUGUGAACGUGGUUAGUUGCUCAAUUUUCAGAAACAUAUGUAAAUAGCAAAAGAAAUCAUCUCGAUUACUUUAAUUAAUGACUGAAUAAAAUUGUUGGGAGCUCUAAACUAAAAUCGAUCUAUUUAAUUAGUUGUUGUUAAGACUUGUAUGUAAUUAGCGAACAGAGAUCGAUGACCUCGGUCACUUUUUGCCGUGAUUACAUAGGGCGAUUAUUAGCUCUGAACUAAAAUCCAUAGAUUCUUUUUCAAGCGUUACAAUAAUACUUUUUAUAUCAUACUAUUUGAAUCGUGAUAAAAAGGUAUAUAACAUCGUCCUUUUGUUAUUAAAAAGAUAUAGGUGCAAACUUCCCAUAUUUUGAAAUAAUUUAUGAGGAGGUAGAUUUUAAUGAAAUUUCUAGAAAAUAGAUAGAAAAAUAAGGGGGACAGACUACAUAGCAAAAAAUACAAUUUAUUAUGAAAUUUAAUGUCAGAGUAACCUCCCUUUAAACCAAGUUCGUUAGAUUUCCAAUGACAUUAAAAGUUUCUCUGUUCUAUCAUAACGUAUAAUACUCAUAUUACUAGUUAUCAAGAAACCAACAUUUCAAAUUCUUCAGACAAAUUUGUCCUUAUGGAUUAAACAAUUAUUUUAUGUCUAUCUUAGUCAAAUAACUCUUCUCGUAUUUUGGUACUAAUACAUCCUUGUUUUUCAAAUUUUUGGCUUUGAACGAAUCUUAUGUAGAAAAGACCAGAAAAGCACUUCGGAAGCAUAAAUUUAUAAAGUGUUAUUUUCCUUUCUUACUUGAAUUGAAGUUCGGAAGAGCUUCGUUUGUUUCCAACCAGUCUUGAUUAAGAUUAGAAAAGGCGUUGGGUUGAUAAAAACAGUACUCCAAGUAUUCAUUAUAUUUUUAUAUGAUUUUAUAUAGUAUAAUAAGAUGCAACAGUAGUUUACCGAGUUCAAACUUUCCGUCCAACUUAGAGCAUGAAGAUGUUUUGUAAGACGUUUAACAUUCCCAACUACAUGUGAGUAACUACCUAACCGAAUAAAAAAAUUCUCGUAAAUCAGUUUUAAUAUACAAACCAGGAGACACGAGCAUUAAAAAUAGGAAGAUACUAAAGGGACAUUCACAACUCAUAAGGCGACGAGAAACUGACAACGCCAUGGUAAAUAACGACGAAAAGACAACAUUGACCAGACUACAAAACCAUACAUAUAAAACUAAAGACUAAAACAAAGAGUAACUACAAGUUUAAAACAGCAAUAACUAAGUUGGAUUGAACACACGAAGAAGUGGUGUUUUAAUAGAACAGGCGCUGAAGAAUUUUAGCGUGCAACUUAUAAAAGAUACUGGUCGUUGAAUUUCUUUUUAUUCGAGCGUCACUGAUGAGUCUAUUAUAGACAAUACGAGCGUCUGGGGUACAAAAUUAUAAGCCUGGUAUCUUUUAUGAGUUUAUUUGUUUAAUAAGUGCAGAUAUGUAACUUGUUUUUGUCAUACGCUUUCAGAUUUUUAUUUAUGAAUGGAAAAAUAAAAGAACGUUUACCUCUUACCAAUCAAAAUGCUUUCAAGGUUUUUCCUAAGGUAAACGCAAUGUAAAAUGAUUGAAAAUUAUGUUAAAAAUUUUGAGGUUCAUUAGUAUUUUUAUUUAUCGUGUUACAGUAAUAUAUACAUAUAUAAAGUUUAAUUCUACAAAUUAUGCGCUUUGAGGGGAAAAUGUCAUACCAAUUUGAUAUGCAUUUAUAUAACUGUAUCUCUGAUUUAAAUUUUAUACAUUGAUAUCGUCAAAAUCGAACUAUAUAUAAGUAUAAACACAAUGUAUAUCGUAGAUGUAAAUUAAAUUGGUGCGCG